CAUGCGUGAGGCGGAAGCCGCGUCCCGGGCGGGGAUGUGGAGAGCGGGCAUGGCCGCCGGGGGAGGGCUGGGACCGGCGCUGCGGGCCGUCACCGAGCAGGUGCAGCAGGCGGCGGCGCGGCGGCCGCAGGGGCUCCCAGCCGUGCAGCCGCGUCUGGUGGCCGUCAGCAAAACAAAGCCGGCAGAGAUGGUGAUCGAUGCCUACAGCCAUGGGCAGCGCAGCUUCGGGGAGAACUACGUCCAGGAGCUGCUUGAAAAAGCAUCAGACUCCAGAAUUCUGUCAUCUUGUCCAGAGAUCAAGUGGCAUUUUAUUGGUCAUCUGCAGAAAAAUAACGUCAACAAGUUAAUUGCUGUCCCUAACCUGUUCAUGUUGGAAACGCUGGAUUCUGUGAAGCUGGCAGACAGAGUCAACAGCUCCUGGCAGAAGAAGGGGUCGUCUCAGAAGCUGAAGGUCAUGGUGCAAGUUAAUACGAGUGGAGAAGACAGCAAGCAUGGCCUUCCUCCCGGAGACACUGCGGCUGCUGUGGAGCACGUCAUCAACAAGUGUCCGAGCCUGGAGUUUGUGGGACUGAUGACAAUCGGCAGCAUUGGGCAUGACCUUAGCAAGGGGCCCAAUCCUGACUUCCAGAUGCUGCUGUCAUUGCGGCAGGAAGUGUGUAAGAAGCUGAAUCUCCCCAUUGAGAAGGUGGAGCUGAGCAUGGGAAUGUCCACAGACUUCCAGCACGCAAUAGAGGUUGGAUCUACAAAUGUCAGGAUUGGAAGCACUAUUUUUGGAGAGCGAGACUAUUCCAACAAAGCAGCCAGUGACAAGGCAGCUGCUGAAACUAAAGGUGAAAUGGAGGCCUUGACAGCACAAGGUCAUUAGGUGGAAGAGAAACCCAGUGGCCUCGACAGAGGAUGGAUGAUGGGAGACCUCACUAUGCAUUCUCACCUCCCUCCGUGUCGGCACUUGGUCGUGGUGGUGAGAGGGAAUUCUUCCUAACAGAACAGAGGCCAGAAACGCCUCCUAAUUUAUUGUGAUUAUAGAGCACCCAUAGAAACUGGAAAAUUUUAUGACUGACAAAUGAUAAGAGAAUUUAUGGCAGAAAGUGACUGUAGUGUCUCAGCUCCUUUGGGGUCAUUGUAACAGUCGGAUAACUGGGUUGAACGAGGUAAAUGUUUGUCAGGUGGAGCUGCUAAUGAGCGAGGUGUUAUCUGCAGCAGUGUUGGUGAUCAUGUGUUCACCAGGGACAAAAUUCUUCACUAAACGAGUUCUAAUCUCACCACAGACUGAUCAGUAUUUCCCCAAUAGAAGCUUUGCACGUGGUCGCUGUUGAGAGGUGCUCACACAGGAGCUGUGACAGGCGUGCUGUGACACUGGAGAGACUGUAUCCCUUUAAAUGGAGGGCAGGAGGGUGGAUGAGGAGCGCAGCUACCUGCAUGAGCUCAUGGUGUGGUGUUUUGGAUGCAGAUCCCAACUGUGGGAGUGUCUUUUCGGCUGCAGUUUGUUCUUUUCAGGCUGAUGCUGCUAACUUUUUCCAUCAGUUCCAUGCCUGCUCAGGUUUUCUUGGAUGCGUUCAACCUUCCUCUCCUGUGAAGUGGUUUUGCCAUUUUACGUUUAUUCUGCGUAGUAGCUGUUGACCCUGUGAGUUGUUCUGGGCCAGAACAGGGCUUUUCUGCAAGGUCCUUGGUCUCCUAUCAGCUCGCUGUGCUUCCCAGGGCAAAUCCUUUAACCAUUCAGUGCCUCCACCAUCCCCUCUACAUCCGUGUGAGGAUAAUGACGCUUGCUCUUCUCUCGGGGUGGCAGGGAGGUUUGCUAGAGGCCCUUGAAAAGUAAAAUAUUAUUGUUCUGCUGUGUUCUAGGUCCCUGACAGAGCUUCUGGGUGGUGUCUUAAUUCCUUAAGUGCUGGUCAGGCCUUCACUGCUCCUGGAAGAGGGAAAUGGGGCUCCCUUGCUGCAGUAACUUUCAUUCAGGUGUGGGCAGAAGCUUCUGCAUUGUCACCCGCUGUUUGGCCAAUGCGUUUUGCUCUUAACCUGUGUCACAGCUAUAUUUUGGGGCUUUAGUGUGCUGCUAAGAGGAGGAGACAGGGUUGCCAGCAGAAACCUCCUUCCCAGGCUUUCCUCUGUGUGCAUAUGGUUUGAUCUUGCUGUUGGUUUUACUCUCUGACUGUAAAUGCUGAAUGUAAAUGGAAAGACUCCGCUCCAACGCCAACCUGUCAUAGCUACAUGGUGUAGAAGCAGCGCACGCGCAGGCUGAGCCACCCUCCUCGGCACCGCACCGUCUGUUGUUUCCUAAUCUGUUAAUAAAGAGUGGUGAAUUUUAAUACCAUCUGUGCCAACUAUAAAGCUAUUAAAGAUGUUAUUUUUAUGUUC